CCGUUCUAUACCCUACACCCCUACUUAAAUUAGUUUGGUCAACUGGUUAUGACCAGUCUUUUUUCCUUAGACAGAUAAUAAUGGCCUUAUCGGGAAUGUAUUUUACGCAUUGUUGUGUAUUUCCGGUGGCAUAGAAGUCAAAGAAUAUAAUAUAUAGUAAACGUAGUACGAGAGGCGAUCUUAAGAGCAGAAAAGUAACCUAUGAUCAUGGUCUUUGGCACUUAUAAUUUUUAGCAACAAACAAAACUAUUUAUAUGACAAGUGCUGGUGCUUCAAUUUUUGAAGGUGCGAACAUGCUCGCCAUGGGUUUUGAAUCUCAAAAUCGCAACUGUUUAUCUGAUAGCGAAAAAGUUACCCAUGACUUCUGGAGAAGCGAGAUUCGGUCCACGAUUUGUCGCUUUUUAAAGCUAUCUUCAUUAAAUGAAAGUUAUAAUGGAGCUCAAGAAAAUGAAUUUUGUGAAGAAAGGCAAUGUGCUAUUGAAAAAUUUAUUGAGAAUGCUGAAUCUGAAGUCGAUGAAACUGCUGAAUUAAUAGGAAACAUGUGCGUUAAUAACGAUGAUUAUUUGCACAGUGUUCCUUCACAGUCUAUUUAUGAAGAUCAAGUGCAACGUGAUAAAGAAAAAGCUUUGAACCGUCUCCGAGAUUUCAUGGGAUAUCAAAAGCCAAGAUCAGAAUCCAUUGGGAGUUUUGAGGCGUAUCGAGAUUUACAAAUACCGUCCUCAGUUGAUCUUUUACGAGCAUCAAUAGUUAAAUCUAUCAGAAAAAGGGUCUAUGACAAUCAGGGUUUUCUGGAGAGAAAAUUUGAUGGAUCAGACAAUAAACCUGCUCAGUAUUCUGGUCCAAAAUACACGGUAGUUGAAGUUUCUCCUUCGCAAACUAUCGAUGACGCCGAGUCAGAUUUAUCUGACACAGAGAGAAAAGAUGCAACGAACGAAGAAAAUACUCAAUUAAUACAACGAACGAAUAGUUCUGAACGAAACGUUCCGAAUAGUAAUACUUCCGACGAACCUGAAAAAUCUCUGAGCAUUAAUUCAGACAAAUCGAGCUUCCAAAACUCGAAUGAAGAAAAGUUAACAGAUGAUUGGUUGGUGAUAACAGACAAAAAAGAGGUUACUGAUGAUCAGAAAGGCACUGAAAUGAACAAUUUCAUCUUGGCGCGUCGUAAGUUCAACAACAGCAUUUUUCAAGACUGUUCUACUUACGAUAUCACGUGUCCUACUGCUCAUUUGAACGAAGUCAAUGAUAAAUGUUCUCAGCUAAGCAAUUCGCAGAACAAUAGUUCUUAUGUUCAUUCGUCUGGGCCCCCCAAUGAUUAG